AUGACAGGUACUGGUGGCGGGGAAGAACGGCCGUCUCCUAAAUUCAUGGGAAAGAUCCCCAUGAAAUGGGUUGCACUGUUCCUUUUAGUUCUCCAAACGGUCGCCGCCGUUCUCAUACUACGAGUAUCGCGCCUUCCAACUGAAUCGAAUGGGACAAGGAGUCCCCAAUACCUGAAUACGACAGCCGUUACAAUGGCCGAGCUUAUAAAAUUGGUUUCUGGAGUCUUUCUCGUUUGGUGGGAGCACCGCUGGAGUAUCACGGGCACAGCGAGCACACUGAACGCGGCCAUUUGUCACUCACCCGUCGCCAUGCUGCAGGUCGGCGUACCAGCUGUGUUGUACACCAUACAGAACAACCUCAUUUUCGUGGCGCUCUCCAACCUGUCCGGGGCUGUCUAUCAGGUGACCUACCAGUUGAAGAUUCUGACCACAGCCGUGCUCUCUGUGUUCAUUCUUCACAAGCGUCUCCCAUUGGUAAAAUGGGCAGCUCUCUUCAUCCUGACGGGAGGAGUAGCGCUCAUUUCGCUCCCUUCAGGUGGUUCCUCUUCAGCUUCAGGCCUGGCAGGUGCUGGCAAUCCGGUUGUCGGCCUAAUCGCCGUGUUCUCCGCCUGUCUCACCAGCGGGUUUGCCGGAGUGUACUUUGAAAAGAUCCUCAAGCAAAGCCGUGUGAGCAUCUGGGUUCGAAAUAUCCAGCUUGCCUUGUACGGAACAGCCUUGGCUGUCCUAGGUGCCUACUGGCAUGACGGAGAUCGGAUUCGCAACGGCGGGUUCUUCCAGGGAUACACUGGUUUUGCAUGGGGUGCCGUCCUCCUCCAAGCCCUGGGUGGCCUCAUCGUUGCUGCUGUUCUGAAGUAUGCAGACAACAUUCUCAAGUGCUUCGGCAACUCGCUCUCGAUUGUUCUCGCUUGUCUCCUUUCUUGGUGGCUUAUCGGUGACUUUGUGCCAUCUUUCCUCUUCUCCACGGGGACAGCCCUCGUGCUGAUUGCAACACUCCUCUAUAGUGCGGAGCCAGCAGUGCUGGCAGGGAUAUGGCCGCGUUUGGAAAUUAAUCCUAGGAGUCCCGGCGCAAAAGUGGGGGAAGCUCGGUUCACACAUAUCCCUACCACCGAUAAGGACGAGGCCACUGAACUGUCCCCUAGAACGGCCACUCCCGGAAGUAUCUGCGGUGAGCCGCGCCACAGCAAACGGUGUUGA